AUGUUUGCCAGGAUCUUCAUCCCCAAGAAGCAUCGGCAGCGCUUUGACGAGGCCGUUUCUCAGAGUCUCAUCAACCGCAUGUGCCGUAGCAAGAGUUUGGGUGAGCCCCAAAACAGACUGCGUCGGAGCCGAAGUCAAGACCACCAUGAGCGUCCUCAAGGAUCCAAAAGGGCCAGCUCUGUGCCCAGAGAUACCGGUGAUGAGGCUGCCCAAAAUGACCGUACCCUCAGGAAGAGCAACACCAUGAUUCCUACCCAAUAUGUCUCUGGAGUCAACCAGAGAACCAUCCGUGUGUACAGGGGGAAGAAGAGCUUUGGCUUCACUCUGAGAGGUCAUGCUCCUGUGUGGAUCGACUCAGUAAUGCCAGGAAGUCCAGCUGAAGCAUGUGGCCUUAAAACAGGAGAUCGCAUAUUGUUCCUUAACGGGCUCGAUAUGAGGAACUGCUCCCAUGAGAAGGUGGUGUCGAUGCUGCAGGGCAGUGGUGCGAUGCCCUCCCUGGUGGUGGAGGAGGGUCCUGUGGAUUAUCCUCAGUCCGAUUCAGAACCAGAGGAAACCCCCAGCGCCCCCCGCUCACGCUCCCCAGCCCUCAGCUCUCUGCAGUGGGUGGCUGAGAUCCUUCCUCCCAGCAUUCGCGUUCACGGCCGUACCUUCAGCCAGCAGCUGGAACACCUGCUCACCCUGCAGGAGAGAUACACCAUCUGCAAAGCUCUGGAGACCUUCUUCCAGCACAGGAAUGUGGACACUCUCAUUGUGGAUGUGUUUCCUGUGCUGGAUACUCCAGCCAAACAGCUGAUCUGGCAGUUCAUUUACCAACUGCUGACCUACGAGGAGCAGGAGCACUGCAAGACCAAGAUCGCCCGGUUCCUGGGCUUCAAGAGUGCAGGGAACCGUAAGUCAGGCCUCUCGCUUACAUGGACUGAUUCCUUUCCUGGGCCUCAGUUUGAGACUUACCAGCAGACUGUUGCUUCUCCAGACAGUGUGGACUCUAAUCCCUAUGUCAGUUUGGACAGCCCCCCUGCCUCUCCUCUGCCUUCUGAUGAACUCAGUCCUCUGCCCCAGCGCAGAAAGCUAUUCACCUUCUCACGUCCACCUCGCAGCAGAGACACAGACAAGUUUCUGGAUGCCCUGAGCGAGCAGCUGGGUCACCGAGUUAAUAUUGUGGAUGACUUCAAGGGCGGAGAGAAUGACUAUGAGGAGAUGAGUUUCCAGGAUGAACAGGAAGUGAACAUGCUGCCUCACGAGUUAAGCAGUGCCAGCAGUGAAGACCACAGCAGCAGUGACGACUCCACCUCAGUGUCCUACUCCUCCGGCUCUGACCACAUCCCUCCUCCACCACAGAGUCCUCCACCUCCACCACCUCCCCUUCAGUUCACAGACUCACCCUCUCCCCUUCCCAUCACCCCAGAGCACCUGCCCCAACCUCCCCCAGCCUUUCAGCACCAUCCGAUUAUAGCCCCACCACCACCUCCACCUCGCCCCUUCCUUGCCAACCGCCCCUCACUACACAAGGUUCUGCCCACCAGGGAGGAGCUCAGGGCUCAACACAGCCAUCCCCGACGCUCUUCACCCCAGCCGAGCAGUCAACCUAUUCUCCAGUUACACCAACCGAAGGCUCAUCCCAUCCUACAGUCAUCCCCACACACCUCCCCUCAACCCCCGCAUACAAGUGCACAACACACUCGCCUCCAACACCCCAGCCAAUCCAUUUACCAGAGCCAGCAGACUACUGUUCCCAGAACCUCCCCCAGCUUGACCAAACAGAAAAGCCUCCAUUCCCAACCUUCUCAACAAAGCUUUGAAGGCACACUGUCAAGCAAGGUUCCCCCUCCUCCACCUCCUCCUCUACCCCCACCUUGUGAUCCUCCACCUUUACCCAAACCCAGUCCGAAAGCCUCUGACAACAAUCACAUGAGUGUGAAGAGAUUGCGCUGGGAGCAGCUUGGAGAUGAUCCGGACUAUCAUAAACUCAGUGACAUGGUCAAGUACUUGGAUCUGGAUUUGUACUUUGGCACACAGAGGAAUUCCAAGCCCACCUUCCUGCCCGAGAACUUAAAAAAGAAAGACGUGGUUGAGAUUCUCUCCCAUAAAAAGGCCUACAAUGCCUCGAUCCUCAUAGCGCAUCUGAAGCUGGCCCCGAAAGAGCUGCGGGACAUCCUCAUGACCAUGAGCACUGAGCGUCUGGAGCCCGCACACAUUAAACAACUGUUGCUCUACGCUCCCGAUGACGAAGAGGUCAAACAGUUUCAGCAUUACGACCAGGACCCUGCUAAACUCAGCGAACCCGACCAGUUCGUCCUACAGAUGCUACUAGUUCCUGAGUAUAAAACCAGACUGAGGAGUCUUCUUUUUAAGACCACUGUGCAGGAGAAAACAGAAGAAAUGAGAGCUGCGUAUGAAUGCAUAUACAAAGCCUCAUUAGAGCUCAAAAACAGCAAGAGGUUGGCCAAGAUCCUUGAGUUUGUUUUAGCAAUGGGAAAUUAUCUGAAUAAUGGUCAGCCCAAGACCAAUAAAACAACAGGAUUCAAAAUUAACUUCCUAACAGAGCUAAACACAACUAAAACAGUUGAUGGAAAGUCAACUUUCCUCCAUAUCCUUGCCAAAUCACUCUGCCAACACUUCCCAGAACUCCUCGGCUUUUCCAGGGACCUCAUAACAGUGCCAUUAGCUGCCAAAGUCAAUCAGAGGACCAUUACUGCUGAUCUCAGUGACGUUCACUCCACCAUCCAGGACAUAAGAACCGCCUGUGUGAAAAUCCCAGCUACAGCAGAGGAUCGAUUCGCAGCCGUCAUGAGUAGCUUUCUGGAAAACUGUCAUCCAGCGGUUCAAUCCCUCGACUCCUUGCAGCAAAGAGCGAUGGACGAGUUUCAUAAAGUGGCCUCUUACUUUGGAGAGGACAGUAAGGUCACAACCACAGAAACCUUCUUCGGCAUCUUCGCUGAGUUCAUUUCCAAAUUUGAGAGAGCACUGAGUGAAACACAAGGAACAGAAAACCCCAAAAGCCCACGAAUCGCCUCACCGCUGGCAUGGUGA